UUCACCUGUUCGCUUCGCACCCCUACAAAAUCAUGUUAAUUUUAGUUGGUUCAAAGGUGAUUCGGGUUGGUGGCUCGUUUGUGAAGAGUAAUGGCCAGUGCAACUGUUUAGUGCGACUGUUUGCAGCCCAGAUUCCGUCACCGCCUGUUGCUGAAUCACAAUUUCAAAAUGAAUGGGAUAAGGCGUUACCCUACGAGAAAAUCCCGGGACCAUCACGGCUAACGCUAAUUAAGGACAGUUUACCUGGAGGGAAAUUGGCAACUCUAAAUUUGGGGGAAGUACUGGAACAGUAUCGCCAUCAGUAUGGAAAUAUUUAUAAAAUAUCCGGGGGAUUUGGAACACCAGACACCUUGUUUGUUUUUGAUCCAAAGGACUUCGAGACAAUUUAUCGUACAGAGGGAAUUUGGCCUUUUCGUCCCGUUUUGGAAACUGUCGAACAUUACAGAAAGAAGGUUCGACCAGAUACUUUUUACAGCGGCGGAUUGGGGGUUGAGCAAGGAAAAGAAUGGGCUGAAUUCAGGACAACCGUGAAUCCGAUCAUGAUGCAGCCUAAAUUUGUGAAACUAUAUAUUCCACAAAUUGACCAAUUCGUAGAUGAAUUUAUCAUUAGAAUGAGGAAAAUUCGAGAUUCAAACAUAUACGAACUACCCGAAAAUUUCGAAGAAGAAAUGGACAGGUGGUCCUUAGGGGCUACUUGCUUAGUAGCCCUCGAUAGUCGCCUCGAAAUUUUCGGAGAAUUGGACAAAAAUAGUAGAGAAUAUGAACUUACAGCAGCUCUGAAAAGAUUCAUUUAUUUGAGGUCUGUACUCGACUUAAAACCAUCGAUGUGGAAAGUAUUUCCUACGGCCGACUUCAAGGAAAUGAUGCGCGUUUUAGAUGUUAUAACAGAUUUCAGUUUCCAUCAUGUGAAUGAAGCGAAAAAACGUCUUGAAUCCAAAGUCAAUACGAAAAGUGAAAAAGAACAGAGCGUUUUUGAGAAGCUUAUUAGAAUCAAUCCAAAAACGGCCGUAAUCAUGGCUACGGAUAUGUUCACAGCAGGUGUCGACACAACGAGUUCGGCUGCCAUCAGUGUCUUAUACAACCUGGCAAAGAAUCCCGAUAAGCAAGAAAUCCUUCGCAAUGAACUCCGGAAAAUUCUCCCCGAAAAGGGUAGUCCACUAACUCAACAAAACAUGUCUAAUUUACCGUACCUUCGAGCAAGCAUCAAAGAAUCAUUGAGGGUCUUGCCCGUGGUGAAUGGUAAUUCCCGCAAAACGGGAAAGGAUUUAGUUUUGAAAGGUUAUAGGAUACCUAAAGGAACACUAGUUUUAUUGCAAUCUUUAUAUACUCAAGUAGAUGAGAAACUAUAUACUGGAGGGAAAAAGUUCAUGCCAGAACGAUGGCUCAAAAAUCAGGAAUCUGAGCUAAGCAAGGAAGCCAGAAAGGUAAGUCCAUUCACAUUUCUUCCAUUUGGAUUCGGACCUCGAAUGUGUAUUGGACGACGUUUAGCCGAACUCGAAAUAGAAGUAUUUGUGUCGAAACUUGUCCGCAAUUUUUAUAUUGAAUGGGACCAACCAGAUUUGAAAUUUAAGACAGUUGGAAUAAAUGUUCCUGAUGGAAAGUUGCAAUUCAAAGUCAAGGAUGUGGAAAAUUAGAUUGAAAUGUAAUGUUCGACAACAACAUCGCCUAGGUCCUUAUUUAUUUCAAUUUGAAGCAAGGAUGUAAUAGUUAAUUCUUUGCUAGAUGUGUUAAUUAACCUAUAAGAUCAUCUUCUGUUUUCAUUGUCAUUAGAUACGUUACACUGACGAACCGAACAAGAUAAAAAUUAAAAAUUUUAUAAGCGGCAGGAACGGUCUCUGAUUAAAUUUCAUUGUCAUUAGUUUUUAAAAUUUGUUUUAGUCAUUGAUAUCCAUAGAUUGUAUAAUAAUACUUCUUCCUUUUGGAAGUGGGAUGUUUUUAAUAUGUUUAUUCAAAAAUGUUCUCUAAAAAAAGUUUAUGCUCAUUUAUUAAGGCAUAACAUUUAUUAAAAUAAAGCAAACAAAGCA